CUUACCUGACUAGCUGUUAGCAGCAACUCUGAAGGAAAGAAGAUUGUUAUAAGUUUUACAAUGGACUCUCUUGUUGCAGCAAACACCAAAUUUUGCUUUGAUCUUUUCCAAGAGAUAAGCAAAGGUGAUCGUCAUAAAAACGUAUUUUUCUCUCCCCUGAGCCUCUCAGCUGCCCUUGGUAUGGUCCGCCUGGGGGCUAGAAAUGACAGUGCACAUCAGAUUGAUGAGGUGUUACACUUCAGUGAGUUUUCCCAGAAUGAAAGCAAAGAACCUGACCCCUGUCUGAAAAGCAACAAACAAAACGUGCUGGCUGACAGCUCCCUGGAGGGGCAGAAAAAAGCGGCAGAACCUCUGGAUCAGCAGGAUGAGUCCUUAAACAAUGAGAGCGGACUGCUUAGCUGCUACUUUGGGCAGCUUCUCUCCAAAUUAGAUAGGAUCAAGACUGAUUACACCCUGAGUAUUGCCAACAGGCUUUAUGGAGAGCGGGAAUUCCCAAUCCGUCAGGAAUACUUAGAUAGUGUGAUUAAAUUUUACCACACGACGAUUGAAAGUGUUGAUUUCCGAAAAAACGCUGAAAAAUCCAGACAAGGGAUUAACUUCUGGGUCGAAAGUCAAUCCCAAGGUAAAAUCAAGGAACUUUUCAGCAAGGACACUAUUAAUGCGGACACUGUGCUGGUACUGGUGAAUGCUGUUUACUUCAAGGCCAAAUGGGAAAAAUAUUUUGACUGUGAACACACAGUGGAUGCACCCUUCUGUCUAAAUGCGAAUGAAAAGAAGAAUGUGAAGAUGAUGAUGCAAAAAGGCCUCUAUAGAAUUGGCUUCAUAGAGGAGCUGAAGGCACAGAUCCUGGAAAUGAGGUAUACCAAGGGGAAGCUCAGCAUGUUCGUGCUGCUGCCGUCCCACUCCGAAGAUAACUUGAAGGGUCUGGAAGAGCUUGAAAGACAAAUUACCUAUGAAAAAAUAGCGGCCUGGAGUAGCUCAGAAAACAUGUCAGAAGAAUCGGUGGUCCUAUCCUUCCCCCAGUUCACCCUGGAAGACAGCUAUGAUCUCAAUUCCAUUUUACAAGACAUGGGCAUUACGGAUAUCUUUGAUGAAACGAGGGCUGAUUUUACUGGAAUCUCUCCAAGUCCCAAUUUGUACUUGUCAAAAAUUAUGCACAAAACUUUUGUGGAGGUGGAUGAAAACGGCACCCAGGCAGCUGCAGCCACAGGGGCUGCUUUCGAGGGAAGGUCCUUAUCAUCUUGGGUGGAGUUUAAUGCCAACCACCCUUUUCUGUUUUUCAUCAGACACAACAAAACCCAAACCAUUCUCUUUUAUGGCAGGGUCUGCUCUCCCUAAAGUGGGCAUGCUGGUCUAAUACAUUGGAGCUGGAGGAAAAUAUCAAUACAGUCUUCCUCUGGCGUAACAUGGGCACUUAAGUUUUUGGUAAUAUCUAAAACAUCCCCUCCAUCCUCCAGCCAUCAGCCUGUGCUUAUCUUGAUCUUUCUGUCACCCUACAGCUUAUUUUCUUCUGAGUCUGUUAGUAUUGAAGGGCUGUUGUUCUCUACCCUAAACUUUCAAGCAUAUAAAUUCACCCUCUGUGACCUGAAGGUCAGCACAAUUCAGAACAGUACCUACCUCCUUUUGAAGGAAUCCUAAAAGUUCAGGUCAUUAGAUCAUUUCUAAGAGAUGGCAAACUCAGAAGCCACUUUAACAUGGCUGGCGAGAGGACAUGUGUGACUGGAAUGUGUUCGGAAACUUAGCUCUGUCUCUGGGGUGGUUAUAGUCGUGGUCAUCACUGGGCAAGAUGCACUAUUCUUCUCUGACACCCACUGCAUGGAAGAUGUCCUGUGAGGUCUUUUCAUCUAGGAGAAGGUAGGGCUUGGGUGUAUUUAACUGAUAGCUCAAAGAUGUAUGCAUGCCCCAACCAGCACUCAUUUUGCAUAGAGCAGGGGAAUGAUAUUUGUCCUGUGAUUUUGACACUGACCCAGGAAAGUGGCCAGUGGACAUCAAGGAGGUUUGUCUCAGUUUUACUUAUCAAGUCCCCCAACAUUGUCAUCAAACACUUCCCUCUGUCUCUCCUCCCCUUUACUCCAAGAAUUCCCACCUGUGGCUAGUUACUCUUAUGCACCCAGCACUGUCAGCAUGGAGAGGAGUGCUACUGUGGACUGCUGGUCUCCCUGCUACCCUCUCUUUGCCUUCUGGCCACAUGGACUUCUGUGUCUUUCCGGAGGUCGCAUGCCAGACCACACGGUGAGACCAGGCUUAAGCCUGGGCACGAUAUCCAUAGAAACACUUGUUGGCUGGGCAUGGUAGCUCACGCCUCUAAUCCCGGCACUUCUUGGGAGGCCGAGUCAGGUGGAUCACUUAAGUCCAGGAAUUCAAGACCAGCCUGGGCAGCAUAUUGAAACCCUGACUCUACAAAAAAUAAAAAAAUUAGCUGGGAACAGUGGUGUGCACCUGUAGUCCCAGCUACUUGGGAGGUUAAGGUGGGAAGAUUGUUUGAGCCCUGGAGGCAGAGGCUGCAGUGAGUUGAGAUGGUACCAUUGCACUCCAGCCUGGAUGACAGAGCAAGACCUUGCCUCAAGAAAAGCCAAAAAGCCAAAACAAAACCUGAAACCAUUGUCAAGAAGGCCAUUGGCCUCAUCUCAAGCUCUAGUCUACUGAAGUCCUGACCCCUGAGUGUUCCUACUCAUGGACUCAGGGCCUCUGUUCCCUGGUGUGGCCAACUGAAUUCUUAAUUUCUGCCUUACCUGAGUGUUCUGCCAUGACCACCAACAUGUCUGACUCACGUCUCUUUGGAGUCAGUCUCUUUCCUAUUGAGGUGGACUUCAGGUCUUGCUUGUGGCUCAGUUUCCCUGGCCUGCCUUGUGGCUGUCCUCCUUCCAGCUGCCACCAUGUCAUUCAGCAUGGCCACAGCAGUUUUUUGGGGAGCAGGUGAAUCACACCUGCUCUUGUGCCAGCCUCCUCUCCCUUUUCUCGCAUGCCCAGUGAUUUCUUUGUGCUUUGAGAGACAAGUUUCAUGUUCUCCAUACAAUCUUCUCAUUGUUGAAGCUCACUUACAACCUAAAACAAUUUGUUGUUGGUAAUGUGAGGCAGUUUGAGGCAGUGCCUUUUCCAGAAUGCAUGUCCCAUGGGUCAAAUUUAUUUCAGAUAUCCAAAAACUUCGUGUCCCCUGUGGUUCAUUUUGGGGUUAAUGUUUUGGGGGCCGUAUCCGUGUCUGACUUGCCAUCACUGUCGACACCGAGCUGGAAACCAUGACCUGUAUAUAGGCCUGCAGUGUCAGGUAAUUGUUUUGUUCUUGUUCUAUUACUUGGUAAACACAUUUUUUGGUUUAUAUUGGGAUUUCUCAUAUUUUGAAGCAUGAGAAGGAGAAUGUACCUAUUUAAAAUAAUGAGGAAAAUUAAAAAUCUUCAAUCUUUAUGUAAGUUAGUGAACAUUCUUUACUAACCUUUGAUUGACUAAAAAAUUUCUUCUGCAUGA